CUUAAGGGGCAUCCUGGGAGCUUUUGGAUUCAAUGAAAAAACUCAAAAUCUUCUCUUAGCUAACCUGAAAGCAACAAGAUUCUCUGUCCUAGUCAAUGGAACUCCUUCAGGUUUUUUCAAGAUGGCAGGAGGGGUCAAACAAGGGGAUCCCCUAUCCCCACUCCUCUUUAUUAUUGGUCUGGAAGGUCUUAGCAGGCUACUCAUCUCUCACCACCAUUCAGGUUACCUUUCUCCAUUCAAUGUAGGAAGAGUCCCCAACCCUUCACACCUUGCUUAUGCUGAUGACCUAGUCAUUUUCACUAAUGGCAGAGUCAGAAAUCUCCUCAGGUUGUCCAACUCCAUUUCUAGCUUUCUCCAAGCUUCUGGUCAGAGGGUCAACUUACUUAAGAGUAAAUUCUACACUUACUCUAGCAGCUCCCCACAAGCACUCUCAGCUAAGGAAAGAGCAUUAAAGAUUCAACAUGAUAGAAAUCACUUAAACUAUCUUGGGGUCCCAAUUUGUAAGGGAAUUUUAAGAAAGGAAGACUGUGGCUUCCUUAUAGAACACUUUGACAGAUUACUAUCGUCUUGGUAUAACAAAUCCCUCAACUCAAUGGGUAGGCUCACUCUGAUCAAAUACACUCUUUCUUCUAUUCCCUUGCACCUUAUGUAUGUUCAUAAACUCCCUAAAUCAAUAUCCUCAAACUUGAUGAAAAGGAUGGCCAAUUUCCUUUGGGGCUUCAGGGAGGGGAAAUCUAAACACCAUUGGGUCUCUUGGACGAAGAUAUGUCAGCCAACAGAAUCAGGAGGACUGUGGAUAAAACACUUGGAUAACAUACAAGAAGCAUGUGCACUAAAGCUAUGGUGGAAAAUAAACAAUAACUCAGAUGGAGGAAUGGGGAAUUUUCUUUCAGCAAGGCCCUUUCAGCUUCCAUCAAUAGCUACUGCUUGACCCUCUCCAGCAAAUUGAUUUGGCAUAAACUGCAGGUCCCCAA